AUGGGCCUAGAGGAUAAGUCCGCUGCCACAGAUGAUCUCCUACAACACAUCGCUUCCGCCUUCCACGCCCAAGACCCCGCCUUGAACCCAGCCAAAGCCAUUAUCUCCCUCCUCCUCGGCCUCUCGACCCAAAUCGAGAAACUCACCACAGAAGUCCACACCCUAUCUGCGAGACACACCGCCGACGUCACCCUCCUCAACUCACGCAUCAACAACUCCAUCCCUCAGCACUCCCCAGCCCCCGCCCCCCAGGCCCGUCCCGCGACCGAAGGGGCAGAGCUCUACCUCAACGACUCCAUUGAAACCAUCGACCAAAAUGGCAAUAGACGCCUCCUCACCUACGCCGAAAAACUCAAACAACACCAGGACAACUCCCGCCCUGCCGCCCCCUUCCCCGCCAAUCGGAAUGCAAGCCCCCGCAAACCUUCAGCACCCCAACCAGCAGCAAACCUCCCCACCGCUCAACGCCGGUUCUUCGCGACCAGAUCCAACCCCGCCCCCUUCCCGAACCACCAACAACUCGAAGCAAGACUCCCCUCCGACCUCGGAAGAGUCCUAGCCAACGCAGACCUCUCCCACCCACACACCGCCCUCCAAGUCCAGGUCAACCGUAACGGCACUGUUACCUUCCUGAACCUCGCCUCCAGCGCCACCGACAACCCGCUCAACGAGUUCCAACUCGCGCCAACCAAUGUCAACUACGCUAUCCACAACGUCCCCAUCUUUGCCCUUGACGUCCCAGAUUCCCUCUUCACCCCACCCCUCGCCGAAGCCGUCGCCCUUACCACUGGAGCGUUAGUCUCCAGAGCCCGAUACCUCCCCAAGCCCGAAAAUAGAGUCGGGAAAACCACCACCUCAAUCGUCAUCUCCAUACCCGCCGAAGACACCGACAAGAUCGGAGACCAAAUCCGCCUAUUCGGACGCUCCCGCCGAUGCAAUAAACUUUGGCCAACAUCCCCCAAUACCCUCUGCCGUAAGUGCGCCCGCCUAGGACACGCUACAGAAGGUUGCCAAUCAUCCUCACCCACAUGCCCACUCUGCGCAGGGAACCACCUCCGCAAAGACUAUCGCUGCCCCAACCAAGCCUGCCCCAAAGAAGGCCACCUUAAACCCGUCAUCGAAUGCUGCGCCACCUGGAACGCCAAAUGCAUUAACUGCUCUGGCAAUCACAUCGCCUCCUAUAGAGAGUGCCCCGCUAGGCGCUCCCGCACCCACACCACUGCUACAGCGCCCGCCCCCCAAGGCACCCCUCCCGGCCCCCAGAGCUCCCUUGAUAAUUUACCACCGGCCACCCCGCUCCAUCCCUCACCCCUCAGUCCACAUCAGUACCCGCACCUCAACAAGAAGAGCUUGCGGAGGAGGACUUGA